AUUGACGCCCCGCAUAGAAAAGCGAGAUCUAGAUCAAACGCUCAAUCAUAUAUAUGCGACCCACUUGAGGAGAGGAGCGCCCAAGAUUGCCUUUGUCUCUCAUCUUCUCUUCACAGCUCCCUCGAGUCUUUCCUCUGAACGCCAUGUCUCUCGUCUCUCGCGUCGGUCUCCCCACUGCCACCGCGCUCGCGGUGGGCCUCAGCUCCUCCGGCUACUUCAUCUUCUCCAACCUGGGCAUGGCGACGUACGGUAUCCUCCCUGCCAUCGAGACGGUGAAGGUCGAGCCUGGCAAGGCGCUCUCGCUGUGGGCGUUCCUGUACGAGACUGCAGCACCCCGUUUCAUCACGAGUGCGCUUGGCUCCGUCGUUGGGUUCUGGACGGCAGCGUACCUCUACACGGGCCCGUCGACGAACAUCCGCCCGUACUUGUAUGGCGCCGGCGCGCUCUGCGCGGCGAACAUCCCGUACACGCUUGCGACGAUGAUGGCCAACAUCAAGGUCCUCCGCGGCAUGCGCGACCGCUACGUCUCCACGGGCGCGAUCAGCGCCGAGGACGCCGACGACAGCUGGAAGCGCAUCCAGCGAUGGAAGAAGCAACACCUUGUCCGUGUUGGGCUCGGUCUUGCGUCGUAUGUCGUGGGCAUCGCCGCCGUGUUCCAGCUUGCGUAGGAAGUCAAUACUUUGGGUGGGAUGUCAGUCAUUGUGUACGAUGUAUCGGGAGCGGCACUGAGCCAAUAUGAACCUCACACUCUGAUCAA